UCAACUACGCAGACAGCAACCUUCCAGCUUAGUUCACAAUGUCAAACCCAGGGAGAAAAAGACAGAAACUUUAUAAAUAUAUUGAGUCAUUCAAACAUAGGGUUUUGUGUUUCUCAUCUCCAAUCAUCAGUUUUUGGUGAGAGGCCAGAAACAGGAGGUCAAAGCAAUAAUGUGGUUGCUAAGUGCUUGAAACAAAGAAAACUUUUUUGUUGCUUCUUUCAACUUUUCACGGGUUGAUUCUUGAAAAGUGGGCCUUUUUGGCUUGUCCCUCUUCGAAAAACCAGUUCUUUUCCUUUUCUGUCUAUAUUGUUUUUGCUGUAUAAUUAGGAAAGAUGGGAAGCAGCCAUUUUGUUAGGAUUAUUCAGUUCUUCAUCUUGCUGCAGUUUAUUGAUUCUUGUCUCUCUCUGCCACUCUGCACCGAUUCAAGAGCACCCUUUAGUCCAAAUUCCACUCUGCAGUUCUGUCCCUACAAUGGCACUGUUUGCUGCAAUGCAAAUGAUGAUUUGCUUUUGAAGAAUCAGUUUGCAGCAAUGAACAUCUCAGAUCCUGCCUGUGCUUCUCUUGUUAAAUCUAUCCUUUGUUCGAGGUGUGAUCAGUUCUCAGCUGAGCUAUUCAGAAUCGAUUCUGCGCCACGACAAGUUCCCGUGCUGUGCAACUCCACAGUCUCACCCAACUCAACACAGUCGAACCAAGCUUCACUCAACUUCUGUUCGAAAGCAUGGAACACGUGCCAGAACGUCUCCAUCAUCCACUCACCCUUCACGGUCUCAUUACAAGGCCGAGCUGGAGCUCCAACUGCCUCAAAUUCGACUAAAUUGGCUGAUCUCUGGCAGUCUCAAGCAGACUUCUGCAGUGCUCUCGGUGGAGCAUCCGAUGAUGGCCUACCAUGCUUUGAUGGUGCACCUGUCGUCCUCAACGACACUGGGGCUGCUCCCACCCCUCCAACCGGGCUGUGCCUCGAGAAAAUCGGGAAUGGAACCUACCUCAACAUGGUUCCCCACCCGGAUGGCUCAAACCGCGCCUUCUUCUCGAACCAGCAAGGCAAGAUUUGGCUAGCAACCAUCCCUAGCCAGGGCUCCAGAGGGGUACUGGAGCUCGACGAGGCUGCUCCGUUCCUAGACAUAACUGAUGAAGUCCAUUUCGAUACUGAGUUUGGACUGAUGGGAAUUGCAUUCCAUCCCAAAUUCAUAGAAAACGGCCGCUUCUUCGCCUCAUUCAACUGUGACAGGGCCAAGUGGCCAGAGUGCGCGGGAAGAUGCGCGUGCAACUCGGAUGUGAAGUGCGAUCCGUCAAAACUGACCCCGGACAACGGUGCAAACCCUUGCCAGUUUCAGAGUGUGAUAGCAGAGUUCUCUGCUAAUGGAACUGCAUCACAACCUUCAUUGGCCAAAAAUGCUAACCCUUCUGAAGUGAGGAGGAUCUUCACCAUGGGGCUUCCCUUUACGUCUCACCACGCGGGGCAGAUCCUCUUCGGACCCGAAGAUGGCUAUCUGUACUUCAUGAUGGGAGAUGGUGGCGGCGCAGGAGGCGAUCCAUUCAAUUUUGCUCAGAACAAGAAAUCUCUGCUUGGGAAGAUCAUGAGGCUUGAUGUUGAUACCAUAACAAGUGCGAAGGAAGCUAGCCGGCUCGGUCUGUGGGGGAACUAUUCCAUUCCCAAAGACAAUCCAUACACACUAGACCAGGAGCUACAGAAGGAAAUAUGGGCACUUGGACUAAGAAAUCCGUGGCGCUGCAGCUUCGACUCUGCUAGGCCGUCGUACUUCGCCUGUGCAGACGUAGGACAGGAUCAUUUUGAGGAGGUGGACUUGAUUACCAAGGGUGGAAACUACGGGUGGUCCGUCUAUGAAGGGCCGAACAAGUUCAAGUCGUCUGCUGCAAACACCUCACAGAUACUCCCUGUGAUGGGCUACAACCACUCCGAUGUGAACACGAAUGAGGGCUCGGCAUCCAUCACCGGUGGCUACUUCUACCGAGCCACGACCGAUCCUUGUAUGCAAGGAAGGUACUUGUUUGCAGAUCUCUAUGCAGGGGCCAUAUGGGCCGGGACGGAGAGCCCCGCCAAUAGCGGGAAGUUCACUAGCAGCAAGAUCCCCUUCAGCUGCGCGCGCGACUCACCUCUGAGCUGCACAGCGACUCCCGGGAGCUCGCUCCCUGCACUAAGUUACAUCUUCUCGUUUGGCGAGGACAACGACAAGGAUGUCUAUCUCCUCACACAGAGCGGCGUGUACCGUGUUGUCCGUCCCAGUCGUUGCAACUACACGUGCGCCAACGAGGGAGCCUCAGACGCUGCAUCCCCCUCCCCUGCCUCGCCCCGGCCUUCUGGAACUGGCCUUUUGAGAGCCCCCUUUGGAGUUUUGGGUGUGAUAAUCUCGUUUUUGUGCAUGGCUUUAGUGAAUUUUGUGUGAGGGUGUGUAUUCUUGGAGCAAGUAAAUAAAUUUAGAUUGUUUUCUACUUUUGUUGGAAGAUUUUUGUACACGCUUUGUAUUUGGUAAAAGUAGUUUAUCUUCUUCAAUA